UCUCUCUCUCCGGGAAGGGAGACUGGGAGCGAAGCACAAAGGGAAACGGGCCGUCGCUGCACCCCCGCCGCCCCUUCCCUCGACCCUCUUCCCUCCCCACCCCGCGAGGAGAUCCGUGGCUCCGUCCUAAAGCUGAAGAGUUUCAACCAUUCGAGCCUCCGGAAAAAACUUGGCCAUCCAGCAGUGUCAACGUCUUUCUAGCCUGUUUGGGGCAGACUUCGGAGAUGGAAGACCAAGAUUUGACUAGCCUUGAAGCUGGAAGAAGCCUCGAUGUCCUGGAUGUUGGAAAUGGGGCAGAGUUCUGGGGGAAGAAAGUGCAGAAUAUCCUGCGUGGGGUACACACUUGCUGGUCAGAACAGCACAAAAGGUUCAGGGAGUUUUGUUACCAAGAAGCGGAAGGCCCGCGGGAAGUCUGGAGCCGAAUUCAUGACCUUUGUCACAAAUGGCUGAAGCCCAAAAGGCAUACGAAAGCUCAGAUCUUGGAUCUGGUGAUCCUGGAGCAGUUCCUGAAAAUCUUGCCUCCAGAGAUGGGGAACUGGGUUCGAGAGUGUGGGCCGGAGACCAGCUCGGAGGCCGUUGCCUUGGCGGAAGGAUUCCUUCUGAGCGAGAUAGAGGUAGCGCAGGCACAAGGGAUGCUGGCCAGACCUGCCUCUGAGUUUCCUGACCCGGAUAGUUUAUCAGCCGCCACUAAUCCAAGGCCACCGUUUGAAAAAAUCCUGAUUGAUAAGGCCACUUCUCUAGAAAAUCAAAUGGCCGUUGAUGGUGGGAGAGGAACCGCUUCUCUGCAGUCAGAUCAGGGCUCAGGGCCUGUUAACAAAGUGGCGAUGGAGGAAAGGACUCCAUUAGAUCCAAACCAGAUGGACACAAUAGAAGAGAAGUAUGGGACCGUGCCAUCUCUGGUGCCCCAAACUAAAUUCACGUCAUGGCAGGAAGUAACUGAGGAUCCAUCUGUCAGGAAUUCGCAAGGAGAAGAAAGACCAGCAGAUGAUGGAAAAAGCAGUAAACAGGACAAACCGAAGUCUGAAGAAAAACAGAAAUGGGGAGAGAAAGCUGUCCCUUUUGAAGAGGCUGACUUCUCUCAAAUUCCCAAAUUGGAAGAUUGUAACAAAGAAAUGAAAAAUACGAGCCAUAGUAGAGAAAAACCACCGAAAUCCCUUGAAUUUGGAGGUGGCUUAAGUCAGCGGGUAAGCCUUCCAAAACCGCAGAAAGCACAUUCAGGAGAUAAAACCUAUAAAUGCUUAGAGUGCGGAAAGAACUUCACAAACCUGAAGUCCCAUCAAAAGAUGCACACAGGUGAGAAGCCGUACAAAUGUUCCGAGUGCGGAAAGAAUUUCCGGUACAACAUGAACCUGAAAUCACAUCAGCGAAUUCACACGGGAGAGAAACCAUAUAAAUGUUCUGAAUGCGGAAUGACCUUCAGCUACAGCAUUAACCUGAAAUCGCAUCAAAAAAUCCACACCGGGGAGAAACCGUACAAAUGUUCCGAAUGCGGGAAGACUUUCACUCACAGCAUGUACCUGAAGACGCAUCAGAAAAUCCACACAGGAGAGAAACCCUAUAAGUGUUCUGAGUGUGGGAAGUCUUUUACUCACAACGUGAAUCUGAAGACCCAUCAAAGAAUUCACACGGGAGAGAAACCGUAUAAAUGUGCUGACUGCGGAUUGACGUUCAGGUACAGCAUGAAUCUGAAAUCCCAUCAAAAAAUCCACACGGGAGAGAAACCAUAUAAAUGUACCGAGUGUGCAAAACAGUUCAGUAACAGCUCAGACCUUAAACUGCAUCAGAGAGUUCAUACAGGGGAAGAACUCUCUAGCGCUCCCAAGGAACGAAUUUAAAGCGACGCGCAAUCUCUCUAGCGCUCCCAAGGAACGGGUUUAAAGUCAACGCGCAACCUCUCUAAUGCUCCCAAGGAACAAGUUUAAAGUCAACGCGGAACCUCUCUAGUGCUCCCAAGGAAUGAGUUUAAAGUCAACGCGCAACCUCUCUAGUGCUCCCAAGGAAUGAGUUUAAAGUCAGCGCGCAACCUCUCUAGUGCUCCCAAGGAAUGAGUUUAAAGUCAGCGCGCAACCUCUCUAGUGCUCCCAAGGAACGCGUUUAAAGUCAGCGCGCAACCUCUCUAGUGCUCCCAAGGAACGCGUUUAAAGUCAACGCGCAACCUCUCUAGUGCUCCAAAGGAACGAGUUUAAAGUCAGCGCGCAACCUCUCUAGUGCUCCCAAGGAACGUGUUUAAAGUCAACGCGCAACCUCUCUAGUGCUCCCAAGGAAUGAGUUUAAAGUCAACGUGCAACCUCUCUAGUGCUCCCAAGGAAUGCGUUUAAAGUCGGCACGCAACCUCUCUAGUGCUCCCAAGGAACAAGUUUAAAGUCAACUGGAAGAAGAUCAUGCAGAAAGGAUAUUGUUGGAUGUGGGAUCCUGCUUUUCACAUCUUCUAUCCAGGGGUGUUUACACGGUGCGGAUAAAAAAUGAGGACCAUGGCCAUAUGAUUGAAUCCCGCUCCCUUUUAACCUGUGCCGAACAGGAAUCACAUAAAAAAACCACAGGGCAUAGAUCACAUGGCCACAAUUACCAUCUACCUCCUACAGUUCUUUCUACUUGCCUCAAAAUACGAAAUGAACUAAGCCUUGUGAAAGUGCUUGGUGUUUGAGAUGAAUUUCACUGAUAGUCUUAAAAAGGUUGGAUUUCAGCAGAACACAACUGCAUGUUUUAUGCACAGAAGUAUCCCAGCUUAAAAUUGCAUCCAGCAAUUCACGGAAGUGAGAAGCGAUGCAAAUGGUCCCACAUCUCAAAACAACCUUCGGUCCUGGCAAAAGUCUUGCAUCGCAUCAGGGAAUGUAGAUAGGGGAGAAUCGUAUUAAAUUGUAGAGAGUAGAUAUGGAAGAAUCGUACUAAAUUGUAAUAUGGACUGAAAGGGUGGGGAAAUUUUCAGCAAUCGCAUAAUGCUUCCCUUUAAGAGAUCCCGUGAAUUCAGUUGAAAGAGAUGUAAAUAACCAAGGAUCAAUUUUUAUCGGGCCAAUCUGUCGCCAAGAAGGAUUCAGCGUGGUAGGCCAGGAUUUCUUUGCUCCAAAUGUGGCAGAAAUUUUUUUCCAGUACACGUAUUUGUGUUUUUAAUUGGGUACCUAACUAGUGACCUCAAAUUAACUUUGGCAAAAAACAACAACUGUCAUUAUAGUUAAUACUAUAGCUGAUUCGUUGGGUAGUGGUGUUUUGUUUUUUUUAUCUCCAUACUGACACUUUAAAGCAGGGGUCUCCAAGCUUGACAACUUUAAGACUUGUGGACUUCAACUCCCAGAGUUCGGAGCUCUGGGAGUUGAAGUCCACAAGUCUUAAAGUUGCCAAGGUUGGAGACCGGUCCCCAAACUCUGUCUUGGCCCAGUGGGGUGGGGGGAGAGGAUGGUUCCGUUGGAGUAACAGGCACACACAGAGCUCCAUUUGUGCAAGUGGAGCUUCGCACUCAAGCACAAGUGCCCACCACUCAUACAAGUAGAGCUAUACAUAUGAGUGCAAGCACUUGCCACUUGCAUGAAUGACGCUCCGCACGCAUCUCACCUCCCGCUUGUGCAGCCUGGUUCUAAACCAGGCCCGUGGGUUGGGGACCCCUGCUUUAAACAGUCAUUUUUAAUAAAUCAGUGUUGUGCCCCCUGCUUAUCUUUGUUCAUGACUUGCUUUUAAUUCAAGGUUCCCAAAGCUCUGGAAGAGAAAUGUGGAAGUAUCCUUUUUUUAAAAAAAACCUGAAUUUUCCUUCUGGGGGCAAGUUUUUUAAAUGCAUAUAACCCUUUGUAAAUUUUACUACUAUUGUUGGUAAAGAACUCUGGAUAGUGUACAUAAUUUAAAUGCUGUGGAGGAUGGGUGAGUUGAUCAAGGAAAAAUUAAAAUUGUCGAAACUGCAAUGCUCUUAUUCUUUCUGUUGCAAUGACUGAGGCAAAUGGAACACCAUGGGUGCUUUUCAAGUGAAAUUUGAAGGAGUAAUUCCUUUUUGCAUCUCAAGUUUUGGCUUGUAGGCUUUAAAAAGUCAAUGAAUCAAAGCGAUCACAUACUCCAGUUUAAAAUUUAAUCUGCGUUCUUUCUCUGUUUGUUUGUUUUUUGCUUGUAUCAUAUCACUUUGUAUUUUCUUCAGUCCUCAUUCUCUGCCCCAUUCCACAAUCUUCUUCUGAAAAAAUAAGAUCUGGAGUACAGAAUUAUCUUUAUUUCCAAGAAUGUCUUUUGGUUUCCACAUUUUCCCAUGAAAAUGAUCAAUUUUUUAAAAACAAUAUGGAUAUAGUACAAUCUGAUGUAUUGUACUUGUUUUCCAAAAGAUAUUGAAUUUCUGAGAUAUCCAAAAGAUAUCCAGCUAGAUACUGAUGGUAAAUAUCGUGGUGAGCCAGAAAAUGUUUUGGUGAAUGAUAUAACCACCCUGCUUCCUGAUUCAUUUUUUUCUUUGAAUUUGGUCAUAUCUGUGUUGCCAUCCAUUUUGAGAAAGGACAAGUCCCAUCAACCGUUUUCUUUGGGUAUCGAUGAUACUGUACACUCAGAAUUUGUAAAGUAAAAGAUUGAGGGCCUUAUAAUUCUUAUAAUAAAGGUUUCAUAAUGAGAUGUUAGUGAUUUCAAAAGUAUUUUCUCCAGUACUCUUGCGUCUCCUAAAGCAGGGGUCUCCAACCCUGGCCACUUUAAGACUUGUGGACCAACCUUGGCCACUUUAAGACCAAUCUUAAGACCAACCUUGGCCACUUUAAGAGUUGUGGACUUCAAUUCCCAGAAUUCCUCAGCCAGCAAAGCAAAGCUGGCUGAGGAAUUCUGGGAGUUGAAGUCCACAACUCUUAAAGUGGCCAAGGUUGGAGACCCCUGUUCCAAGCAAUCCAAGCUCAGCCUGUGAGGUGAUGCAUUCUGGGAGUUGAAGUCCGCAAGUCUUAAAAUUGCCAAGAUUGGAGACCCCUGUCCUAAAGAAUUCCCAUAGGAGGGAGUCCUAUAAGUAUAUAAAAAGAGCUAUACUCAAAAUGAUCAGCUUACCAGAAAGGGAUCCACGUUAUUAAGAAACCUUACAUGCAUACAGGGUGGAAAGAGCUUUAGGUAAGACUGUUACUUUAGUUUGAAGGAUAUGGAUCAAGAAAGAGAAAUAAUAAUGAAUACAAACAGCACUCUGUAGUGCACUCUGUCCACUACAGAGUGGAAGUUAUUGACCUCAUCUACUGUUACUUAGGUGACUGAGGUAACCAAGUUGAUAAAUGUACAGUGUAGUUUGGACUCUUCAGUUGUGAGAUGCAGGCAAUAGGCUACCUUGAUGUACUCCUAGUUUGGUUGGUUGUUGGAUGCUGUUACCUAGUUUGGGUAAUGAACCAUUUGCAAGAAAACAACCAAGCGUGGAGAGCACCAAAAAUUGGUGCCAUUUCAGCCCAGAGCUAUAAACAUUCCUGUUUAUUUGUAAUGAUACACUACAUCUCCCAAGAA